AUCAACGUCAGUGUUCUGACACCUUCAAAAUAUGCCAGAAUAAUAAGGAACAUUUCCAAGACUCACCUAUCUACCCACAUCAGUACAAAUCAAAAUUUUAGAUGAUACAAUCAUGGUCUCCAGCAAUCUAGAGUUGCCCUUCUUUCCCCAAUACGAACUGGAAAGUGUUUAUGAUGAUACUAUUAGCGUGAUGUGGUUCGAAACGAAAUUCUCCCAGUCCCAUUACAAUGUCCAUAACAAGACGAAUGGAAGCAACGCUUGCACGUUAAUUGUGGUACUUAUAGCCGCCAAGUGUCAUGCCACGAAAGUUCUAAUCAAUGAACCAGAAUGUGGGACUAACAAAAAACUGAUCUACCUAUUGGCUACCAGUAUGUUAGAAGGAAAUAAGAUUCAUGAAGAACUGAAGGUGAAGAAAUUACUGAAACACUUAAAUCUCAAUGUUCCAGAGGCACUUAAAUAUACAGAAGACCAAACUUUUAAUUUGGUUGAGUGGAGAAGUUCAAUCUAUAUGCAACGAUUAUCCAGGUCCCUAUGUGAAAAUAUAAAAGUGCAUUAUCUUGAAUGGCUCAAGAUAAACAAUAAACCUGACAGAGAUCUGUAUGUCAUUCUCAUAGCGGAUUCAAGGACAGUCCUGUUUCUGUUUCAACAUAGAACCCAGACAGUGACUUUGUUUGACUCCCAUCAACAUUCCAUGGAAAAGGGAGCGUUUAUAGCCGUGACGAAUCGCUCCAAACUGAAACAUCUUUGUCACUGGUUUAAAGACGUUGUCUUAACGUGUUAUAACUCUGAUCCAAAAUUAUACGAGCUGUCGUUUUUAUAUUUUAAAAACAAUAAAAGCUAACAUGUUAUUUAUCAACUUGUAAGUCUACAUUUUGUCAUUUUCAUCUACUUAUAUAAUAU